AUGGACGGGGUCUGGGCAACACAUGCGCUGACUGGAAGCAAAGGCACGCAAGCUCUUUUGUCUUUGGUAGGCCGUACCCAACAGGGAAAGGUCUCUGUUGGUGUCGAAAUCGCUUUUCAAGAUUCGCCAAAGACGCAUGUCACCGAAGGCAAUGCGAGUGUGACGGCAGCGGAAGUGGUUCAAAUAAAUGACCUCCCAUCAAUUGAUUUGCGAACUGAAACACCAGAUCCGGAAGCUGGCUAUUCUGUGCGAAGGGAUGGACCGACUGGCAUGUUAAAUGAGUUGCUACAAGAACUACACACCGGCGAACUUACACCGAAUCGCGUGCACAGUCGCAAGUCUAGGACAGAAGUUGUUGUCGUGGAUGGUGAUAAUGGGCCGGAUGGUGAGAUCGAGGCAAUUCCGUCUUCUUCCAAACGCCCUCGAAAGCGUCGAAGUGUCUCGUUUGCGAGGAGCGACAGAAAGCAAAUGGAAGAGCGGAAGGCCAAGUUUGUGUCUACUGUGGUUCAGACGAUGCAGGAAGACCCUGCUAUCGUGAAGAAGCGACAAUUGCGGGCAGCCUUGUCGCCCAUGAACGGCCAUCGCACGACUAGCCGCAAGAGUGAAGACAGAGAAGCACGACGAAGCACCCGAAGGAGAAAGAGCGUAUCACUGGUCGAGUCUUCAGACGAAGACGCAUCACCAAAUGACAAAAGCGAAGAUGUUCCGAUUGACAUUGACGAGGACGAUGACGGUUUAGGCGUUACUCCAGACUCUCCUGAUCCUUCUCCCGGGACACGAAUGCAGGUUGACAUUCAGGCUCCCUUGCGACGGAUGGCCAGAAAGGCACGUUCUGCCAAUACGCUCGAUUCUCCUCAACCGUUGAUCAGAACCGGGACACAACGCACAAAGGCACUAGAUGUCUCUGGCGCAGAGCCCGUCUCAAAGAAGUUGCGGUCGUCGACGAAAGGAAAUUUUGUCAGCUUGUGGGAUAAGAGAUUGGAACGUCUCGAAGAUGCAAUUGCCGCGAAUGAGACCGGAUCGCCAUCGCUCUCUGACGUAGAGGCGGACAUUGAAGAGACGAUGCUUUUCGAGAUCAUUCCCACCCUUGAAAAGAUUAUGGACGCAGUUCGCGAUGGGGAGAUGGGUCUUCUGGAAUGUGAUCAGUACUCGCAGCAGAACGCCGUCAUACAAGCAUAUAAGAACACAAAGGAUGACGCCCCGUACGCACCGACAGCGAAGUCGCCAGGUACCCAAUUUUAUCUAGACGUUUGGAAGGACAGACGCGCUCGAAAGGAACGAAAGCUUUCCGUGCCAAAGAUUGACGAUGGAGGGGCACAAGGCUUUGCUACGAAUAAUCCGAAUGGAGGCACUUUUGCAAAUGGUGGUACUAGCGGAGAAGAUCGCAGCCCCACGGCGUCACAGCAUACUGGAGAGAACUCUGUGCGUUCUGAUUCUUCGGGCGGAAAGGUUGGCGAGGAUGACGCACAGAAGGCGGCAAGGCUAGAAAGAGAAGAAGCGUCAGAACGCGCGAGGGAAUUGCAGUCACGGGUGUGCGGUAAAUUGCUGGAAAGUAUGUCUGCAGAGGCGAAGGUGCGUGUUUUGCGAUGGGCUGAGGCAGACUGUUCGUGGUUUGAUGAUGGGACGGACAUGAUGGAAAUAGUGGCGAGUAGGGUGGUGAAGACAUGCGCUCAGUGCGAUGAACGAGAUGGCAACUACAACGAGAAAUGUGAAGAAUCGAUUCUUCUCAAGCUGUGGGCAAACAUGACCUGGCGCAAGAUUCGACGCAUGAGACAUAGGGAUCGUGGUGCCAGCAACUGAAAGGGAGAUUUGUAAAUUGGGUGGGGCGGAGUGUAGGCUAUAGAAACGUGUAAGUUCUACUUGACCAAAAAAGAGCAGUGCCUCGACUUAGUGCGAGAUGAGCUGCACUGCAAGGGAACUGGAAACCAAAAAAAGUUAAGGUGGCUUAAGAGUGUGUGGCCCAGGUGGUCCAAUCGUUGAGCUGUUGGUCGAGUCCAUCUCUGAUGGCGUGCGUAAGAGUUGCCUCCAGGGCCGGCUUGCAAGCGUUUUUCACCAUUGGGGCAACGGCGUUGUACAACCACGACAGGCGGGCAUCCGCCGCUCGAAACGAGAUGGCGCCUGCAAUAUUACAAGUACAGUUGGAAACGGAGAGCGAACCCGUAGGCUCGUCCAUCGUUAAAAGCACGUCAGCAUUGACGCCGGUAAAGUCAAAGUGGGCACGGCCCGCGUCCCUGAUCGGCGGGAGUCGCAGGCGGUAAGCCCACUGCUCGACAUCGACGGCGAUGGCGACAUCCGUGGCGACGACAUGGAUCUGCCUUGCCUCCGUGACGGACACGGCGACGUGGUGCGGCUGCAGGCGGAUAGCGUCCAGCACGAGGCCGGCCAGCGAGUACUUGACGCGGUCGGUCUCGGCGCACAGGUCCGGGAAGCGCAGGCCGGCGAGGUGGGCCUUCAAGGCCGGGAUGGCGAUGUCCUUGAUGUUAGCGAUGAGGCUGUUGGCGGACUCGGCGUCCGCGAGGUUAAGGCCGUGCGGCUGCAGGUCGUGUCGGAAGGGGGCCGAAGCAUGGUGGAUGUCGGCCUCGGGUAAGGUGAGGAUGUAGUUGCAGGCGCGGUGCACGUCGCCCGCAUGGGCCGCCAGGAUGUGCUCCAGGUACGGGGCGGAGAGGGCCGGGCGAUGGGCGAAGAUGGCGACGAGGGUGUCCAGAUCCGUCGACGGCAUGGCUUGGGGAGAAGGUGUUAGUGAGGGGGAGGCAUGAUCGAGGUCAAGAGGAGAGGAGCAAGGGCGGGGAGAUGAAAGGCGUAGCUUUACACGAUGGCGAGGUACGGCACGCACUCUGGAUGGGAAGAAGACCUCCAUCCACGUCUACUCUGCGACACGGUGCUCCUCCUGUGCUCCGCCUGUGGUGCUCUUGUGGUGCUGAUUCGAAUUCGAUUUACAGCGCUGACAUAACUGCGCAGUUGUGCAGUACUGUAAGUCGAACAUGUACGGUAAUUAAAACGCUCAGUCAAU